AUAUACCCUAUCGAUCCUAAAUUCAUUUUGACAGAAUAUACGAACUUUCAUUGAAUUUUAAGCUGUUAGAAACAAAUCAUCAUUUUUAAAUACUUAUUUUCUACUCGAAAGUAACUUCGCGUUAGGCAUGGAUGUGGAAAUGCAAAAUAAAUGUAAAAAAACAGUCAAAAGAAAUAAAUAUGAACGGAAUUCACGCGAGAUGUAUGAAUGGUGGUUACAACUUUUCAAAAUGCUUGAAUCUGACUUCAACCUUAAAGAUGAUGAAAGAUACUCAACAUUGAAAGAAAUUCUACCCGUCGAACUAUUCUACCGACUAUUAGCAAUAUUAGGAUUUAAGAAGGAACAGUUUCAUAUAGACGAACCAACAAUAAUCGAAAAGGAGGAUGACAAAAAGACCUUCACAAAAAACACUACUAUAGAAAGUGUAUUCGAUUCGGCUGAAGCAAAAAGGUCUACAGUAAUUUCGAAAUUCCGAAAAGAACUUGGAAUAACAUCCACAAAAGAAAAUCCUUACUUGGAAUUUUUUAAGCGCAAACCACACAGAGCAGCCAUAUGGAAAGAGCUACCUCCACUCAAAUGGGAAGAAAUGAAUCUGGGACAAAUGGCUGAGGCCAUAACUGAAGCUAUAGCUAUAGAUUACGUCGAUUGGUUAAAGACCAUGGGUGGAGACGAAGAGACUACACUGAAUGUUCAAAGUAUUAAGGAGAUGUUUGAAGUUGGUUCUCAGACUAAUGCUGCAACGUCCAUAUUUGUCGAAUUGAAAGAGUUGGCUUCAGUACCUCAAAAAACGGCAGAAGCUCUAGAUGUACCCGAAAAGUCUCAUAUUAAUUUUUUACAUACACAAAUUCAAAACGAUCGCAAAGCUUCCAAGAGACACCCUCAAAUUAUUGCUUUUGGACGACGACUACCCACCUAUAUGCAGGUAAAACCUCCGCCCAAGGACCUCUAUACAAAAUGGCUUCAGUGCGAAUAUAUACCACCUAAACUAGAGAGCAUGGCUAGUGUAUGGGAGGGUAUAACACAUUUAAGAUCAACUCGAGUAUUUUGUGAAUAUUUGUAUAAAGAACGUACAGAUAUUAAACCUCCAAAAUACUUGAUAGAAUGUGGUAUGAUGGAUCCCAAAAAUUUUGGAAGACGACUGACCAGAACAGAAGAACUUGAAAUGGAAGCCAGCGAGGAGGGUGUGAAAAAGAGAUCAACAAUAUCAAGAAAGUCCGAAGUAUCUAAAAGUAGUCGAAAACGUUCAACAUUAAAAUGAGAUAAGAACAUUUUUAACUAAAAAUACAAAGCAAAAGAAUGAUAUUCAACAAUGAACAUAGAACUUUUUUAACUGUUUUAUUAUGUUAUCAAGGAAUACAUUUUGUUAAAAUUUGUCCGUUGGUUUUAAAAAAAUAAAAUAAUUUUUAUCCUU